GGCAGUGUGGCACGUGUGGUACGUCCGGUAUCGCGUUCUCCGUGACAUCCUCUCGAGCGAUCGAUCGAUCGAUCGGUCGAUCUCGCAAGCGUAACACGUAACACUCGUUAUUAUUACGCAUGUGUAUCGUGUAUGGGGGAUCGUGCGUAGCAGGGGCCGUUCCCUCUCGAGAAGCGGGCAUAACCGAUGUGAGAUCACCCGUUCUCGGUUCGCUGGCAACCGGCUAUCUAUAAAAGAUGUCGCAGUCGGAACAGAGCGGCAGUACGCCGCAGUGCGAGAAAGACAUGUCGACGUCCAAGAACAGCUCGAUGCUGCGCCUGAAUCAGGAGGGCCUGAUUCGCGGCUCCGCCGACUGGCAGGAUCACGCCGACACCGACUCGGACGUCAGCGAGACUGACUUCCUCACGAAGGGCGCCUUCCUGCUUACGCCCAGCCACGAGCUGAGCAUGGAGAAGGCCGCCACCAUCUGCGAGAAGAUGAACUUCCGAGGUGCAUUUUCUUUGACGAAAACCGCCACCGGCAUUCUCUUCAAGUUCAGCAACAUCGAGGACUUUCAGGCGGUGUAUAAAAAAGGCUUUCACAAAGUGACGGGUGCUCGUUUCUACAAAAAGGUCGCUAUACCCUGCAGACCGGCGAAGAUCUUCACGGUCUACGUUCUAGAUGUGCCCGAAGAGCUGCCGGAGGACGAUAUUAGACACGCUCUCUACAAAUAUCGAUCUAUCGUCGAAGUAACCAGGCUACCCCUGAAUACGGGAACUGUUUUGAAGGCCAUCAAUGACAAGCUAAAGAGCGACGCGCAGAAUCUGAACGAGCCGGCGACGAUUUAUACGGGGCCACCCGUUAUAAGGGUUACCUUGGCCAGCGUGGAGGAGACCUCGAUGCUGCUGAGCCGUGGUUUGGAUUUUUAUGGGGCCACAUAUUUCCCCACCGAAACGCCCCAUCCAGCCGCUCAACCCCUCGCAAAAUACAAAAACAACAGAUGGAUCGACCUGGCGUCUAUCGGCACGGGACAAAGAGUGAGGGACCUACUUCCGGUCUUUGACAACGCGGGCUUCAACAAAUUGCCACCUCCGGCGAGCCGUGUAAUAAAACCGCAAAGAAACUGACACGUCCCCCGUCCGGCACCCCGAAUUCUUCGGCCGCCGCCACCGCCGCGAUCGAUAACGGCGACGAAUCGAGGGAGGACACCACCGCGAGGGCAACGUUACGACCUGACGGCGACACUAAUGCAGACUACCUCGAUCGAAAUUCGGAUAAUAGCACGAGGAUCUGCCUCGCGUAAUCUUAACGCAACUCUAACUCUUCGUCGUAUAAAAAAACGAGGUUUAGCCGCCACACACAUACGAGGUAACGCAUGUGA